AUGACGAAAACCAGUGUCGCAUCGCUGCACCCUACGGAGGCUCUGCCAUUGCCUCGGAGCAAGUCACUUCGUCGUCAGCGUAAUGAGAAGGGUCAAAACCCAGUGCAGCUCCAAGCCUUCGAAUGGAACCUGCCUGCUGAUCACAAGCAUUGGAAGCGACUCCGACUUGCAUUACCCGCACUCAAGUCCAUCGGUGUUAGCAGUCUCUGGCUGCCGCCAGGCAGCAAGGCAAAAGACCCCGAGAGCAAUGGUUACGACAUCUACGACGCUUGGGAUUUAGGCGAGUUCAACCAAAAAGGGUCGGUGCCCACAAAAUGGGGUACCAAGGGAGACCUGGUUUCUUUGGCAGCAGACGCGGAGAAGAACAGCAUUGCUCUUGUCUGGGAUGCGAUUCACAACCAUCGUGCCUAUGCGGAUGGCACUGAGAUGGUGAAGGUGGUGGAAGUAGAUCCUUCCGAUAGACGCAUAGACAUUACAGACCCUUACGAGAUUGAGGCGUGGACCAAAUUCAAUUAUGAAGCUAGAGGGGGCAAGUACAGCAAGUUUAAAUACAACAAAUCGCAUUUCAAUGGCACGGAUUGGAACCAAAUCAACAGCAAGAGAGCGAUCUACAGAUACGUAGAAGACGGCAAGAACUGGCACCAAGACGUUGGUACAAGCCAAGGCAACGCUGAUUAUCUCAUGCUGGAAAACCUCGACUACACCAAUACUGACGUGGUGAGGGAGCAGCACCAGUGGGGCCGCUGGAUCGUGGAGGAGCUCGGACUCAAAGGUUUUCGCGUUGACGCCGUUCAGCACAUCUCGUGGAACUUCAUCAACGAGUGGGCUAGUCUGCUGAAGAAGAGAAGUCGCCAAGACCUCACGUUUGUCGGGGAGUUCUGGCAUGGAGAUGUGCGUGUAUUGACCAACUGGUUGGACCACAUGCAUUCCUUCUUCAGUCUUUAUGACGUCCCGUUAAUGUAUCACAUUGCGAGACUGUCGUGGCAUGAAGAUACUGAUCUGAGGGAGGUGUUCAGAAACACACUUGUAGAGCAACGGCCUAACAGUGCAGUGACUUUUAUUCGCAAUCAUGAUACCCAGAAGGGUCAGGCCAUGGAUACCUCAAUAUGCAGCGAUUUUAUGCCUCUCGCCUACACGCUUCUCCUUCUCAGACGCGACGGACACCCUUGCGUCUUCUUCGGGGACCUUUACGGAAUCGGACUUCCUCACCCCGAAGCUCCAGUCCAAGGUCUGCCCAAUCUUCUAUUGGUCCGAAAGCUUUACGCGUAUGGAAAGCAAGAAGAUUACUUUGAGAGACGAGACUGCAUCGGAUGGGUCAGACGUGGAACUGAGGAUAAGCCCGAUGGUCUCGUAGUCAUCAUGAGCUGGUCAAAAACCGCGAGCCCAGACACCCGGCUUUGCAUGGAAGUUGGGCAAGAGCAUGCCGGGGAGGUCUGGAGCGAUGUUCUCGGACUUGAAUCUGCUUCCGUCGUGAUCGACAACAAUGGCAUUGGUCUCUUCUCCUGCAGGAGAAAUAACAUGGCAUGUUUUGUUAGCAGUGAUGCCAAGGGAAGGAAGAAGUUCCCUGCAAAGUUCAAUACUGAUUUCCAAAACCUACUGGAAUAG